UAUCUUAAAAAUAUGUUUUAUUAACAAUAUGCAAAAUUUAUUUUGAAUUUAAAGUUGUCUACAAGAUAACAAAAAUUAAAAUUACAAAAGACAUUAUAUUUCUUCUACUACAUUAUAAUGUUGUGUGUUUUCCUCGUUUUAAUUUCCUUAGUUUGUAAAACGAAUGGACAAUUCUUUGCAGUGUGUCGGGGUGUGUACAACACUUGUCCGUCGAUAGAUGGCGCUUACCCCGUGUACAUCCCCCUCCCGAACUGCAAUCAGUACUGCGAAUGUUCCUGGGGCACCCCGUAUUUGUACAACUGCCCCAGCGGGCUCUAUUUCGACUCGACUUACAACGUAUGCGAUUUACCGGAAAACGUAGAGUGCGGGGUGCCGGCGAAAAAAACUCCAACGCCCACUUCCUCUUCGAUUUGCUUCGACUACGGCAGCUGUCCAGCGUACGAUGGACAGGGAUCGGUGUAUUACGCGUUGCCGGACUGCACGAAAUUCUGCCAGUGUUCUAAUGGUGCGCCGUUUUUGUUUUCUUGCCCCGCUGGGCUGCAUUUCAAUGAGAAUUUUAAUGUGUGUGAUUGGCCUGUUGAUGCCGAUUGUGCUUAAUAAAUAAAUGUUAUA